AUGGUGAAGCUGCGUUUAUCAGCGGAGGCAUGCUCUCUUCACCGGACCCCUCUGCGGGCGGAGGCAGGUACUCCUCGCCGGACCCCUCCGCGGGCGGAGGCAGGUGCUCCUCGCCGGACCCCUCCGCGGGCGGAGGCUGGCGCUCCUCGCCGGACUCCUCGCCGGACCCCUCCGCGGGCGGAGGCAGGCGCUCCUCGCCGGACCACUCCGCGGGCGGAGGCUGGCGCUCCUCGCCGGACCCCUCCGCGGGAGGAGGCAGGGGCUCUUCGCCGGACCCCUCCGCGGGCGGAGGCUGGCGCUCCUCGCCGGACACCUCCGCGGGCGGAGGCUGGCGUUCCUCGCCGGACCCCUCCACGGGCGGAGGCAGGCUCUCUUCGCAGGACCCCUCCGCGGGCGGAGGCAGGCGCUCCUCGCCGGACCCCUCCGCGGGUGGAGGCAGGCUCUCUUCGCAGGACCCCUCCGCGGGCGGAGGCAGGCGCUCCUCGCCGGACCCCUCCGCGGGCGGAGGCAGGCGCUCCUCGCCGGACCACUCCGCGGGCGGAGGCUGGCGCUCCUCGCCGGACCCCUCCGCGGGCGGAGGCUGGCGCUCCUCGCCGGACCCCUCCGCGGGCGGAGGCUUGCGCUCCUCGCCGGACCCCUCCGCGGGCGGAGGCUGGCGCUCCUCGCCGGACCCCUCCGAGGGCGGAGGCUGGCGCUCCUCGCCGGACCACUCCGCGGGCGGAGGCAGAAGCACCUUGGAGAACCCUUCCGGGGGUGGCUUCUGAGGGCGCCGCUGGGGUUGCAAAUACAGCCAUCUGA